AGGCUCGGUUGUCAGCGGUAGCUGAUAUGUUGGUUGCCUACUAGCAUGUAGUCCGUUAGGUUCUAUUUGAACUACAUGCGUGUGCGACCUCAGGGGAAAAAUGUGGAUAUACCCUUUGCGGAGAGACGACCUCAUCCAGGUUUUGACGGAGGAAGCCGUUCCUUUCGAGAAGGACGCAAAUGUGGCGACCCUUCGUGGAUUGCUCGUCAGGCACGUGCGCGGCGCCUGGGAGUCGUCAGACGAGUUUGGCAUGGUUUUUGUUCCUCCCCCUCCUUCCUGGUCGCGGAUGCCGUGCCCUCAAGAGGAUCUGCGCCGCUACGGACCUGACACUCCUCGGCCUGCCCGCUCCGUCGUGGUCACUGGUGCCCGCCCGCUAUUCGCUGCGUCUACGAGGCCGCACGCCUCUUUCGCUGUCCGUGUGACUCUGUCAUUCGGAGUUCCGCAUCAGCAUGCUGCUGUGCGUCUCUUCCCUGACUCGCCCUGAGGCGCCUACUUGAGUCGCCGCGGUUGAUGGAUGCUGUCCCUGGGUGAGUGAGUGGCCGGCUGCUCUGCCGUGCCGGCGUGCUGGCGUGCUGGCGUGAGAUUCCGUCCCGCCAGUCUGGAGCCGUGAUGCAUGCCGCAUGCGAGCCUGCUCAAUGCAUGCAAUUGCAUCGCCCCUGUGAGCAUGCAACCCGCUCGACAGGGGCACGAGGUGAAGAGUCGAGCCUGCCAGGCGCUAUCGGCGUCAGCUGCCUUGGGGACGCCUGCGGCAGUUGCGUCCGGAGAUGCGUCUGCCUGUCGACGUACGAGCAAUGGAGCUCGUCACAACAAUUUUUUUGAAAAAUGAUCUUUCCUGGGACGUCCCUCAAGAUCAAGAAAAGUCUUCAGCGCUGAAGAUGCUCCCUUUGGUCCUUGUAUUUGACUUAUGUUAUCCUUCAAGAAUCCUUGGCCAUUAUAUACGGCGUAUUAAUUUUGUACUGACAGUUAAGUUUCUAAUAAUUGUGUGUUUGUCUUAAAAUUGAACAUUGACAUUGACAUUGUCUUGAAGAUGGAGAGCCGGCGGGAACCAUGGUUUAAGGGCAGGGGAGUUGUAGCGGUCGGGUCCGCUACUUUUAAAUGGCGCGCGCCAUCGCGGGCCUCCGGCACUCCGCUCCCCUCCUCCUUCUCCCUCCUUUUCCCCCCCUCCUAGUGUUUGUUCAAUUUGUACUCGUUCCCCCCCCCCUUUUGAUAACCGUAUGCGCGAGCUUAUAAAUUGAGCUGCAACCAUGUUGGGGGCCUUCUUCUACUGGUUUGUUUAGUCAGGCUCGGUUGUCAGCGGUAGCUGAUAUGUUGGUUGCCUACUAGCAUGUAGUCCGUUAGGUUCUAUUUGAACUACAUGCGUGUGCGACCUCAGGGGAAAAAUGUAAGUUGGUUUGAGUCGUCAGUGAGGCGGUGGCCCUCACCCUAAUGUAGAGUCAUUUAUUCUUAAAUUUGUUCUGUCUAAAUUCCUUUUCGGCUGCCACCUAGAAAAAUAAGUUGGGAUUUUUGCUGUAAAUUAACUUCAACUUCGCUUCCGUUUUUGUUUGUAAUUGUCUCCCCCUGAGACGUCGUCGAACGUAUUUGUUUAUUAAAGAAUAGUUUAUUAAAGAAUAAUGUAAAUUCUUUCCCUUUUUUGUACCUGCACUUUGCAGUAGUUUUGUAAUUCUACUUAAAGUGAAUUUAACUUCAUACUUGGCAAUGCUUUUAUUUCGAGUAAACUGGGCAUUGCCCCGUUUGAGAGUCAGUUGUUUGAAUCGUUUAUGGUGUAGCAGGCAAACCUCACAAAUUUACUAUUGUUAACAAACACGUUUUGUCAAAAAAGAAAUUGUUCUCAAUUUAUGUAUUUGGCCUUGCCUUGUUCUCACUUAACAUUACCAUUAAGGUUAAACGUAAUGUUUUGAUUUUAAUUUGUAUUUAAAUAAAAUGUCUCUGUACCUAAAA